GCAGGAACGUUCUAAGUCUCGGAAGGGGAGAUAAAUUUGUUGUGAUUAGGGCCAAUGCUGCUGGAUGCGCGCAACACAACACUCAAUUCAAUCGAUCAUCCGGCCGGCCGGCGAGUUUUGACAGUUGGCUCAAUCUGACGCGAACCGAACCACAUAAACCACAUCCUGGGACGUUUCGGCGGAGAUUGGAAAGGACACCGCACACUUGCUCUUGCCGGUACACAGAGUCUUGAUGCAGAAAGAUUAACCCUUAAUGAUGGAAGCUGCUAAAGAGGACCGUAUCGAGUGGUGGCAGUGGGGUUCCGACAGGAAUUCGGUGAUUUGAGACCGGUCCAGUGGAUUUUUUUUUAUAAAUACGUUUGGAGCUACACUGAAACAAAACCUCAUCGCUAUUAUUUUUAGUAUGAUAAUUUCUGAAUUGUUUCUCGGGUAAGGUAAUUGAGUGUAGCAUAAAUAUAUGUAUGGAUUUUUUUCCUUUUUUUUUCUCCUGAUAUGCGAUUUAUGUUUUGGCUCAGUGCUGAGCCAGAGAGGGCAUAAUGGUAUGCGUGCUGCGUGUGGCGGCGAGAAAAGAACUGUGCAAGAACACAACGUAGAGCGCGCAUAGGCUGAAGACGGUAGAUCGCUGGGACCUGUCAGAUGUGAGAGGGAAUGGGAGAGUGCGAUAACGAAGGAUGAGCGUGCCCGAAUGGCAGAAGGAGCCAGCGAUGGUGAUGGUGAUGGUAAAUGCUCCGGGCUCGAGUAUACAAAGCUUCGGAAGGACAAACUGUGCACGGACCGAUCAAACUUAACACAAGUCAGUUGAGUUCAGUGCUUCAUCGCGAGCAGAAGCAGCUCCUGGCAAGGAACUGAGUUGAAAUCCUGAUACUGUUAGUGAAGACUUAGAUGUCUCGAGCUGUUUUAGCAGAUCAAUUGAAGAUUGCUUUGUGACAAAGUUUAGUGUACCGAUAAGGCACUGCUUUUACAUAAAACGUCUCUAGACAAUGUGGUGAUAAAAUAAGACCAAAUCAGCCCUGCUUUGAGGCUUAAUCGUAGUGAGCAUUGAAUUAACCAAAAAAAAAAAACUAAAAAUGAUAGCCAAGUGACAAAAAGGGAACUAUUUAGCUUCUCAGUGAAUGCGAUCUUGUUGUCUGCUUGUUGCGGUAAAGAGAAGCAAAAAGUGUUGUUUGCUGUGUGAUCAGGAGAAAAGAAGUACGCAGAGCACACCAAAAUUGUGGAUUUAAAAAGCUCUAACAAAAUAAGAACACUCCGUCGAAAUGAUGUUGGAAAAUAUCGAUCUCGAUCUCUCCGACUGCACAAGUCGCAUUCUUACAACCUUCUCGAUCAAUUCAGCCGGCCGCUCGCCGGCCAGCCGCCUGGCCGAACAGCGACAACGUAGUGAACAGCGCCGCUUGCACAUCGCGCCGCUCAGAAUGGAUGCCAAGUUCAUGUCGUCCCCUGGCAAGGAAAACCUACCAUCCGAAGAGGAAUUGUCAUUCUAUCAUGGCAAUAGUCCGCAGUCGAGCCCUCGGCCUUGCAGUCCCUGCGAUUGUCCCGAGGCCAGCGAACUACUGGCGUCUGAGGUUACCCCUAACAAACAAACGAACCUACCAGGCCUGAUUGCAAUUGGAAGCGCCAGCCGCCAACGGCGUCCACUGGAAGACUAUGAUCCAAACUCGAUGGACUCUGGAUAUGGCGCAAGUGUGUCAAGCGAUGGCUCAAAGAGUCAAUCAAUGUUCCGCUUCAUCCAACCUUCAGCUCCACGAACGGACUCCGCAACAGCGUCACCAGCUGCUUCGCUGCGCAUUCUAAGCAGUAUGUCUUCUGGUUCGUUGGAAUCGGUAGAUGACAUGGAGAUGGAACUGCUCGAUAUGGACACAUUCGAAAAUGACGCUCAGCUCCCUAGCAAUCUCAACUCACUGAUCUGCGGCGACAUCAAGGCGACUAAAACUACUCCGGAAAACAAACGACCCUUUUUCCGGCGAUGCCUGAGCCUAUCGGACAACCCGACCGCUGCACGGCGGGUAAAAAAUAAUUUACUAUUCGAAUCACCUAUCGUUGCCACCAGAGUCCAAUCACCAUCGGUCGUCAAAACUCCCGAACGCUUUCCGAUAGCAUUCGACCAGGAAAAUAUCACCCCGAGCCCGUUCCUUGCCCGAGCAGACGUUUCCCGUUGUUUCAAACGACCGGAACCGCCCGGUGUCAGCCCGGUUCAAAGCAAGCGACAUAAAACCGAAGUCCUUACCCCUGUAAGCUCACUACGAUCUUCCGAGAGUGCACCCUGCAUCGAGAGUCCGACUACUGAAACCGUGCUGCCGAAGCGACCCAUCCUUCACAAAUCGAUGUCUAUGAAUGAUGCGCACAUAAUGAACGCCUUGUCCCGAUCAUCCAUUGAACCAGACCUUAUUGGAGACUUCAGCAAAUCAUACAUUCUCCCCCUUACCGAAGGACGACAUCGAGAUCUGAAAUCAAUCUCCCCGGAGACGAUGGCUGCUUUGCUGUAUGGUUCCUUCCAGGACAAGAUUGCUUCGUUUAGCAUUAUUGACUGCCGCUAUCCGUACGAAUUCGAGGGCGGACACAUCCGUGGCGCGAAAAACCUCUACACCCAAGAGCAGAUUCUGGAAGAGUUGAUAAAAAUAAAGACUGACCCACCAAAAGUGGUCGCAGAUGGACCCAAACGCAAUAUCGUCGUCUUUCACUGCGAAUUUUCCUCAGAGCGAGGCCCCAAGCUUUCUCGCUUUCUGCGCAAUCACGAUCGCAUACUUAACUCGGAUAGUUACCCGGCACUACACUAUCCGGAGAUCUACCUGUUAGACGGUGGCUACAAGGAUUUCUUCGCCGUUCAUCCCAACUUGUGCGAUCCGAUCGCCUAUCGGCAGAUGCUAGACCCAGAGUUUGGCGACGCCUAUCGACAUUUCCGCGCGAAAAGCAAAAGCUGGAACGGUGGCGACGUGGUUCGUGGGUCAGCCUUCGCUGGCGGCUCUACUAGUUCCGGUGGUGGAUCUAAUCGGCUGGUCAAGUCACGCUCGAGGUUAGUACUGUAGAGACAGAAGCGAUGGCGGUGACGCCUACAGAGCGAAAUAACCAUAGAGAAUGAGACUGAUGCUUUAAGGUAGUAAGCAAGUUAGUGUGGUGUAACGGGCAAGGCAAAAGAAGUUAUUUUUUAUUUGAGUUUAUAUUUUAGUGUACAGAACCCGUUGGACGUUCUUUUUCUGUUCGUACCCGUUUUACUUUUUUUUCAUAUGUUUAUUUUACUUUUUUAUUUUUGGCAAUACUGUUUCAAACAAGAGAAAGGAAAAACAAUACCACAGAAACGCUAUUGAUUCGCUACGACCUUUUUAUUAGUUAUCUCUCUAUACAUCAUAUCUGUGAUUUUGGUUUUGCUUCGGUCAGACAAGAACUGUACUCUAAUUCUUACUUGUUCGGAAUGUCGUAUGGUAUCUCCAAUGAAAAAAAAAACCGUUCGAACAAUACAGAGACAAUUUGCUAUACUGUACACGUUAUGAACCAACUGAAACCUAGCACUAGCCGCCACUGAAAGGAGAAAAGGCAGAAGAAGCAUUUCCUUGUAAAACAAAACAAAGUAAACUCACUAACCAUUUCCGGCGAAAUGAAAAAGACUGUAACAUUUGUAUUAAAGAAUAACAAUAGGUAAAAUAAAACUAAACUCUGUGUACAUUUGCGAAAACCUCAAUUUCGACAACGCACCCCCAAUGAGCUACCAUUUAAGGCCAAUCUAUUGAAAAUUAUCAAUUUUCCUACUCUUAUUGCCCGACUUAAUCGAUUGUUUUCUUUAUAAAGUUUUAUUUCUAGUUUAUUUUUUAUGGGUUCCAAAUGGAGCUUUCGAGUAUAAAACAUUAUAAAUAUCAAAACGUAAUCGAAAAAAGAGACAAGUGCAAACUAAACUAAACUACUAGGCUGCCCUGUUUUAAGUGUACAUUUCGGUAAACAAGCGAUUUUCUGUGUAGUAAGCCUCGGUAAAACCAGCCUGCAUGUGCCCGGAUACACGGUAGUACUAGGGACGUGGAGCACGUUUCUUUGUAAAAGAGGUGCCCAAAUUGUCAAAGACAAAAGCAUGUAAGAGACCCCCUAAGGGUAAAAUCAAGCAGAUGUGGGUCUGGUGUGUGCAGGCUGAAUCAGUUUAUACUACCCAUAGAGUAAUUUGUUUGUGAAUUUCGGUGUUGCUUUAGCUGCGUGCGUGUGUUGAGAGUUUGUUUUAAAACUUUUCCGGAUGUUUAGCCUAAGCGAGGAACAACAAUAUACAAAAACACUUUUAGAGAAUGAAAAGACUUUUUCAACUCUUGAUUGGAUAACAAACUUUUCGACUGAUUUUUUUGUGUGUGAAAAAGGUAAACGAACAGAGAAAUAUAAAUAAUUUAUAUACAUGGAGACAAUUUGAAAUUAGGUUAGGUUGCAACAAAAAAAAAAGACAUGAGUGCAAGAAAUAAGAUAGCAUAUUACCCUUAUUAGUUGAUAAGCUUUGCAGAGUAAGCGUACAAAGAGAACUCUUAAAUUAAUUAUUUUAUGCGUAGCGUAAUUGUCUAGCUUGUAGUAUGUGUUCGGCCUCAAGUGCCCACUGUAAAUAAUUCGUUCUUUUAUGACGACAAAUUAUUAAAUACGUACAUCGUGCAAAAGCCUGGCAGUAAUCGCCUGAUUUUGAAACGAUUUUGAAAUAAAUAUUCGAAAAUUUUAA